GAGAGCAAAAUGCUGGAGAAAAUUAAGAAAGCGCUCGCGAUCAAAAACAGAACCGUCCGGGAGGCGCUGGCUGAGGCCUUGGGGACGUUCCUCCUGAUGUUCUUUGGUAUAGGUGGUGUUGCUCAGGUGAUAUUAGGAAAAGGAGAAUAUGGGAAGUAUCUGAGCAUCAACUUGGCAUUUGGAAUUGGCGUGACUAUGGGAAUUCAUGCAGCCGGCGGCAUCUCUGGAGCUCAUAUGAAUGCCUCAAUAAGCUUCACACACUGCGUCUUAGGAAAUCUUCCCUGGAGAAAGCUGCCAGCUUACAUAAUUGGCCAGUUCCUGGGCUCCUUCUUGGCAGCAUCCCUAGUGUUCUGCAUGUACUAUGAUGCGCUGUGUGAAUACUCGGAUGGACGCUUCAUUGUGACGGGACCUAAUGGCACAGCUGGGAUCUUCGCCACCUACCCUGCUCCGUAUAUGACUCUGCUGGGAGGAUUUGUAAAUGAGUUCCUUGCCACAGCGGUGCUCAUGUUGUGCAUUCUUGCCAUCUAUGACAAGAAGAAUAAUGGAGCCCUAGAGGGCACUCAGCCUGUGAUCACUGGGCUCCUGGUGUUAGUGAUCGGCAUGACAAUGGGAAUAAACACUGGAUAUGCAAUAAACCCCUCCAGGGACCUGCCUCCAAGGAUCUUUACUGCAAUAGCAGGCUGGGGAAUUGAAGUCUUUAGGGCUGGAGAUUAUUGGUGGUGGGUCCCACUUGUAGCUCCAACACUGGGAAGUCUUGCUGGUGCCUUAGCCUACAAACUCCUAAUUGACUUUCACAAUCAGCCUGCACUGGAAGGCGGAGAUGAAAAAGGAAAGGACAAUUUGCAGACUAACAGUGUGUGA